AUGGCGCGCUCCAGAGUCUCGAUCAUGCCGUCGCCGGUGCUCCUGUUGAUCGUGGCCGUCGCCGCGCUCGUCUCGGCGUGCGCGGCAGACCCGGAGCCGGUGCAGGACUUUUGCGUGGCGGCGGCCACCAACGGCUCGGCCGACCAUCCAUCGUACCCGGGGUUCCCGUGCAAGCCGGCGUCGGCGGUGGUCUCCGACGACUUCUUCUUCGCGGGGCUGGCGCGCUCGGGCGCCGCCGACGCGGCCGAGAGCCCGUUCGGGUCCAGCGUCACGUCCGGCAACGUGGCGGCCUUCCCGGGGCUCAACACGCUCGGCGUCUCCAUCAACCGCGUCGACCUCGCCCCCGGCGGCGUCAACCCGCUCCACAGCCACCCGCGCGCCGCCGAGCUCGUGCACGUCGUCACCGGCCAGAUGCUCGUCGGGUUCGUCAGCACCGCCGGCACCUUCUACUCCAAGGUGGUGCGGGAGGGCGAGAGCUUCGUCAUCCCGCGCGGCAUGGUGCACUUCCAGUUCAACACCGGCAAGGAGGCCGCCAGGGCCGUCACUGUGUUCAACAGCCAGCUCCCCGGAGUUGUCCUUGCCGCGCCGUCGCUCUUCGGCGCCGACCCGGAGAUCCCCGACGCCGUCCUCUCCAAGAGCUUCCAGGUCGACGGCGAGAUCAUCAAGCUCCUCAAGUCCAAGUUCCGGACUUAA